CUUCUCAAACAUCUACAUCUGAAUCAACAACAACUACAUCUCACUCACCAACCACUGAAUCAACAACACCGCCAUCUACACCUCAAUCAAUGACAUCUACAUCUGAAUCAACAACAAUCCCUGCACCAACAUCUACAGCUUCAUCAACAACAACCCCUGCACUAACAUCUACAUCAGCUGCAACAACAUCUACAGCUCAAUCAACAACAUCAUCACCAACAACCACUGAACCAACAUCUACAUCAACUACAGCAACAUCUACAGCUCCAUCAACAGCAUCUGCUUCAACAUCUACAUCUGAAACAACAACAACCCCUGCACUAACAUCUACAUUAACUACAGAAACAUCUACAGUUCCAUCAACAACAACAAAAAGCCCUGCUCCAACAUUUACAUCAGCUACAGCACCAUCUACAGCUCAAUCAGCAACAAUGACGUCAACAACAACAACCCCUGGACCAACACCUACACCUCAGUCAAGACCACCUGCUCCAACAUCUACAUCUGAAUCAACAUUAAUCCCUGCACAAACGUCAGUUACACAAACACCUACAGCUCAGACAAUGCCUGCACAAACAUUUACAUCAACUACAGUAACACCUUCAGCUCCAUCAACAAACACAACCCCUGCACCAACAUCUACAUCAGCUACAACAUCAUCUACAGCUCAAUCAACAACAACCCCUGCACCAACAUCUACACCUCAGUCAACAACGUUUGCUUCAACAUCUACAUCUGAAUCAACAACAAACCCUCUCAACUGA